GCUCUACACUGCAGCGUGUCAUGCAGCAAAACAGCCAGCUGCAAGCAUUGUUCCAAAGGCAUUGGAGCAGAAAGUGCGCCCCGAAUGUGAAUUGACUGCUUGCAUCGUUCAUGGGAGGGGCAUAUACAUCUACGUGGCAGACCCUGACAUGUCGUUUGGGUCUGACUGGAGUAUGGAAGUUUUCAGUAGGUUUCUCAAUGGCAAACUCACCCAGCAUUUUGCCAACAAGCAAAUGACCUUCAAAGCGACCUAUGUAACAAUGGUUCGGGACUGGACAGGAAACUUGAUGAACUUUGCCACAACCUUUGGGGCUUACAGGCAUGCCCCAGCAACUGGUGAACAGUGCAAGCAACAGCCUGCCGCGCCGAUACAAUGUUUGGCCUGCAGCAUGGAUGAAGAUCGACAAGAAGUUCUGAAAGAAAUUGCAGAGUACCUCAAUGACAACUACAGUCAAUAUGCUCGGGGUGUUUCUUAUCUGCUGCAAUUGGCUGGCGUGUAUGCUGCUCAAAGAGUUCAACCUCCGCACCUUUCCUUUUUAGAGGAUGGUAGCUUUGGUGUGCAGCGGGGGGCUAUGCUUAUGCAUGCCGACGAUGUUCCAUCCGAUGGCAAAGUGAAGUCAAUUCCUGAGGGGUUGACAGCGAAAAUGGAUGAGGCUAUGUCUUCAACAUUCAACAUGAAGUGUGUGAGCAAGCUGGUGGAGAACCACGUUCAACCUAUCUUGCAAUCAGUGCCUGUGGCUUCCAAAGAGUUUUACCUCAGCCACUGGAACUUUGACUUUUCAGAGAGAUCGAAGUAUGGUGAGAAUGGCCGCUGGCCAACAAACCUCCAGUACAAGAGCCACUUCCACAGCUUCCUGAAGUCUGGCUAUGAGGCGAGCCGCGAGCCAAUUGAUGUCCGCUUCCGGGAGCAAGCUGAUGCCAUAGAGCCUUUCAGCGUGCAGUUUGUGGAUGGUCAGAACAAAAUGCUGAUUAUCCAAUCGAUUCUGGCUUUGAUGGAGGUCAAACCAUCGUGCCUCGACUACGUUUUGAUCUUCAGAGAGGCGGCCAGGAUCAAGCAGACAACCAUGCCGAGCAGCAGCCUGCGGGAUUGCGUCUGGAGUGCAGUCUCUGAGUACAACAAGACUGUCUCCAAGGAGUCAACAUCGGCAGCCGUGCUCGUCUGGGCAAACCGUGCACAAUCAGACUACAAUCGCAAAGCCAACAAACAUAAAAUGGCUCAGCGUGAUGCUGCCGGUCUGCAAGAUCUGUUUGCCUUGUCCUGCUUCUUCGCGUGGCUCAUGCCGAAGAUGGAGGUGCAGUUGGGAAAGGAUUCUGCCAUCCUGGGCAAGAUCAUGGAAAUGUGGGAUCUUGGGGCUCUGGAUUCAGAGCUACGGUCGCACAUCCGUGGCAAUGACCCCAUGUUUGAGAUCAGCAAGCUCGCAUUCUUUGCAGAAGCGACAGGAGCAGUUCAAGAAUCCCAUCUCUUGGAAGCCCAAAACAAUGUUGCCAAUGCGAGGAAAACUUCUUUGCAGGCAGGGUUUGCUCUCUUCAAGACAUCUUUGAGCAACGACCAGGUGCUGCAUGACAGAUUCUUAGCUGCGUCGAAGACCGAUGAAGCUCGUGCUCGAAGUGUAGCACUGAACUAUGCCACCGAAAGCCUGCCAACUUGGAAUGCUGCUCCGAAGAAAGAUGGCGACAAAGAGAAAGUCAUCAGCACAAUUGCUGCAAAAGUGAACCCUUGGCUUCAACAAGUGUUGCUGGGCUAUGCUGGUGGCCUUCGGCGGCCUGAAUCUGAAAGGAUCUUUGCUUGGUGCAACUAUGUCACUGCAGGUGUCUUAACGGCAGGGAAGAUAGAGUUCACUGUGAACACUAUCACAGGCCUGGCCCAUGCACACCCUCGGCAAUUUGUGGGCAUCGUGAUGCUUCCAAAUCGGUCAGGGGACUUGCGCUUGCCAGUGAAGCAUGAAAAGAAGGAACGAGAGGAUGAUGAUGAGGGUGAUGGAGAUGCAGGGUCUGUGCAGGAUGUGAUGAUGGGUGAUGUGGGUGACGAGGAAGAUGAUGACACGAAGACUGAUUCGGCAGAAGCAGUUUUGCACGAGUUCGUGUACAAGCUCAAGAGCCAUUUCAUGGAGACAGAGCGAAACUUGCGAGUGAAAAGUGCAACCCUUGUGUUCGAAGAGAACUCAGUCUAUGGAUCCCGCAAUGGAGCUCACAAUGUUCUUUUGAUCACUGCAAAUGACAAGAACAACAUGUUCCUGAAGUCGAAGGCCAUGCGAACUGGUGUCAUUUCCGCUCCGACGAUGCUUCCGAGUGUGGUCGACAAAACGAUCAAUUCACUCUCAGAUCCUGCCGACAACACCAACGUCAUUAUCGACUUGCUGGGAUUUGAUGGCUGGACUGCAUUGUUUGGCUUGUCCGAACUUUCCAAAGGGAACCGUUGGGCAGUGGGCACAGUGUGCCAUUAUGCACAUGAGACAUCCUUCGUGGCAGAAAUCACAUCCAACCGGAUCUUCUCACUUGCCCGAGAAGGAAAACUCAAGGUGGCAGGCUUCCCAAACUUCAAGUCUGUGAUUGAAGAUUUGCAGAGAUCUUCGACUGCGAGCUCUACCCCGGAAUACUCCAUCUGCACCCCCCUGACAGAUGGAUGCCUGGUGAUCAAACAAGCCUUGAUUGACCUCUGGGCAUUGAAAAAUGAGGGCUUCAAGGACGAAGCUGCAAGCUUGAUUGAAGCGCACAACAGUCGCUACAAUCCUCGGGGCGUCAAGAGAGGCGCUGAACCAGCUGCUGAAGCAGGUGGGGGACAGUCAGGGGAGCCUGCAGUGAAAAGGCUUUGCAUCGAGAAGUCCAAGGACCUUUCUGAUGAAUCGAUGAUGGAAGACAAGGCGACCUUGGCCGCUGGAAAUUUCAAGCUUGUUCUGGACAAGAAAGAGGAAACCCUUUGGCUGGCCCCUGAGAAGGCUGGACAACAAGUUGAAGAAGCUACGGACUGCAUGAAUGACAGCAGCAAGACUGGGCGAUGGCUAUCCUUCAACAUCACGAGUCUCGAAGAUUUGGUCAUUGCUGAGGCUGACCGGAAGUUGGGCGACCACAUCAAAUCGUUGAGCACUUUCAACAAGGUCUGCAAGCUGAGUGAGCUCUUGCGCUCUCUGGAGAACGCUGGUGAGAUUGGGGUAUCCAUCGGAUUGCACAGCAUUGAGGAGUCAGUGGUUAAGGGAACAAAACCGUGCUGUUUCUUGCUUGACCCACCGAAAGAGAAGACCUUGCAAAAGAAGGUCCGGUCUGCUUCGACCUUCAAGAUCAUUUGGAGGAUGAAGUUGCAGUCGGAUGGCAAUGGAGGCAACGAGCUUCUGCCAGUGCGACCAGUUGCAAUUCUUCCUGGGUCCAUGUCGUGUGAAGCCGACAAGAUGUACCAGGGGAUCUGCAGGCGCAAUCUCUUUGGGCCGUGUGAUGAUGAGGAAGAUGAAGGCGAAGAUGGAGGUGAGAAGCCCAAGAAGAGGCCCUCUACCAGAAAGACGGCAGUAACCGCUUCGAAAGCCUCAGGCAAGAAGGAUGCCAAGAAGAAAGAUAACAAGAAGGAAAGCAGGAAAGGAAAGAAACAUGGAGUUGAUGACCAAAAGGAUGUUGAGACAGACUUUGACAAGAAGAUGAACAUGUCUUUGCAAGACAUCGCGCAGAUUGCCGAGGGCAAUGGCAAGGAACGUCCUGGAGGUGAUGAGGAAUCUGAUUCACAGAAGACCCUUGCUCUGGACUUCUGGGAUGAUGGCACACAGGUUCAAGUUCCAGAGAAUGACAGGAUUGCGCUGGCAAAAGCUGUUGGUGCUUCAGUGCGACCGGGAUUUCAAACCCCACUGCAAGUCUUGGAGAACAAGAAAACUCAACUUGAAAAGAAGAAAAUGGAGGCUGCAAUUUACAAGCUCCUAGAUAACCAGUUCUGGAGCAAGAUGGAUGACAAGGCAGGUGACAAAAAGCGAAAAACAAUGCCAGAGGAGAAGACGCCCAAGGAAGAGCCUCAGAAAAAACGUGAUCACCUUGACCUUGAUGUCAUCCUGGUCGACAAGAACAAGCCCGAACAAGAGCCUCACCACUGUGAUGCCAUGCCUGAGGAUCAGAACAAGCCCAAGGAAAAGCCUGACAAAAGUGUCCACCCUGAUAGCCAGAACGAGCCCAAGGAAAAGCUUGACAAAAAUGAUCACUGUGAUGCCAUGCCUGAGGGUCAGAACAAGCCCAAGGAAAAGCCUGACAAAAGUGUCCACCCUGAUGCCAUGCUGGAGGACCAGAACGAGCCCAAGGAAAAGCCUGACAAAGGUGUCCACCCUGAUGCCAUGCUGGAGGACCACAACGAGCCCAAGGAAAAGCCUGACAAAGGUGUCCACCCUGAUGCCAUGCUGGAGGACCAGAACGAGCCCAAGGAAAAGCCUGACAAAAGUGUCCACCCUGAUGCCAUGCUGGAGGACCAGAACGAGCCCAAGGAAAAGCCAGACAAAAGUGUCCGGAAGAAGUCCAAGGGAGAAUGCAAGGAAAAACUUGCAAAGAAUGAGAAGAAACCAACGGCUAAGGCCAGUGCAAAGGGACAGGCAAAGGCAAAGGUGAAGCCAACCAGUAAGAUUGGCAUCGUCAAGAAGGAUCUCAAAAAGGACAAAAGUGCGACAAAGAAAAUGGAGAAGGCCACCACUACUGAGGUGGGUGAAGAGCAAUGGGUCCCGCAGCAGCCCUUUGGUCCAGAAGUGGCUGACAAUGGAGUGAGCCAGAAAGUGCAAGAAAUGGUCUACGAGACAGGUUUAGGGAACCCCGACUAUGUGAUGGGAAGAACCUAUGGGUCUCGGGUCUUGCGAAAGGAACUGUCUUCAAAGCACCCCAGGCAACACAGGUACUUGUUAGCG